AUGUCAGAUUUCCAACAGCGAUCACCCCGACGCGACAUCAAUGGAACAGACCCCGCCAGCCGCCAGUGGCCACCACUUUAUACUGACGUGUGUACAUUGCGAAAGAGCAGAAACAAAUCGCAACAAAAGCCAAAAGUCCGACAGUUGUGUCGGUCCAAUCCCGACAUUCGACUUACCCAGAACAAUUUUCCGAGGCUAUCUACACGGAACCUAGCCUCAUUCAGCUUCGGUCUGGACGCCGUAACAGCGCCUCGGAAGAGACCCAGAUACUAGAUCUGAGCCGUACGGAAACCGC